AUGUCGUACUUCGUCCCUUCGUUCUUCCAGAAACGCCUUCUCAGAUAUGCCCUGUCUCGGCUAGAGAUCGUUGAUACUGAUGCGUUGAAUUUGGAUAGCCUGGGUAUAACAUGGGGUCAGCGGAGUACCUUUGAAUUAAGGGAUGUUGGCUUACGGCUGGAGAAUCUUGCAAAGACCCUACAGCUCCCGCCGGAGUUUGAAAUAACGAAAGCCUGCGUUUCUGUUGCUCGUGUGACUAUACCUGCGGAUAUCUACGCUAGCAGUAUCAUCAUCGAGAGUGAAGGCAUCCAUCUCGAUUUAAAGCACACCCCAACUAAACCGGGCAGCAAAAGGCAAGGGAGGAAAGGAAAAGACGACAAGGGAUCUGGCCAUGGCGACCAUGACAAAAUACUACCGUCUACGACCGAUCUUGCACAAUCAUUUCUCGAAUCCGAACCUAUUGAAGAAACAGCUGAACUUGAGGCAGCGUUGACGUCGCAAUCCUCUCAGUAUAUCGGCCAGUCGGACAUUCUCAGCGAUGAUGGGUCUGAAGAAUCCUCUCUUGGACUACAUGACGGGGUAACGUUACCCACUUUCGUUGCUGGUUUCAUCAAAGGGGUAGUAGACCGUCUGCAGUUUAAGAUCAGAGAUGUGUCUGUGAGAGUGAUUAUGGAGGUGCAGCAGGAUGCUUUUCAGAAACCUUCAUCUUCCGUAAAGAUGAAGCCGGUAACUGCUAUCUUGAGACUCGGUGAGGUCUCGAUAGAUGGCGUGGCAUCGCCUGAAUCGCAAGAUCCUACACUCAAGGCAGGAAAACGACUGAUAGUCUUCUCUCAGCUUCAUGCUUUAUUGGUUUCUGACGAGACACUAUUUUCGAACUACUCUCGUUUUGCUCCUCCAGGAACAGCAUCUCUCGUUUCUAAAGCAAGCUUGACAAAACAGGAGUCAGUGAAGAGUCAGUCGUCUCAAGCAUCGAGCUUUGGAUAUGGUAAUUCACUGGCACAGUCUGCAACCAUGAAAAUGUCGUCUAUCCUUGAUGAUCCACUUGAACCACCAGGGCCGCUUGAGCAGUCACGAAUUCUGGAAAAAUCAGUCUCAUCGUCAAAUGACGGAAGGUUUGACGAUGCAGACACUGAUGAAGAAUAUGAACCAGAGUACAGAAUCGGAUCGCAGGUCCAGGCUCCGGGAUCACCUAAUACUCAACCAAGAGAAGAUGAAAUGGAUGCUUUUCUGAACGACGCCAUUGAGUCAAGUAUCUCAAGUAACAUGAUUGACUCAACUCCUGAACUUCCCAGACUCUCUGUCGAUAUGGCAGACUCCAUCGCGGAUCUUCCAGGACAGCAAUCUAUACCCGAUAUUAGUUCGUAUGAAGACGGUCUACACGUUUCUGGCCGUAAUUCUCCCGCUUUGUCUAUGUCAGUGUCAACACAAUCAUUCCACUCCUUCCAGAACGAUGACGAAGAGGAAGAGGAAGAACCGUCAACACCAACUGCUGUUGUGAACACCAGUUUUUUUGCUGAUACCAGCCGGGAGGACCGUACUACCCCAUAUGAACCAGGCUCGGUCUCUCCAGAUCGCCGAUCAUCCACAUCAAGUGCAGACCAUUCAGAACGUUCACACCUCGAUGAACUCUCUGAGUCCAAAAUAUUCUCCCACGAGGAAGCUCGCAGUAUGUACCUGAGUGCUAUGAAAGGUGGAGAAGAGUCGAAGUUAAUGGGCCACAUGCCGGGUGCUUGGAGCGACCAUAGUUCUGAAAGCAUCAUCGAGGAAACAAAGGAGGUCCCCGAUGAUGGUCAGGAGUACCCCCUGUAUAAUAAGGAAGAUCAAUCCGGUGCUACACCUACUGGAAGCACCAUAUUUAGUACUUCAUCUGUUCAGGCUCCCGGAACAAAUGAUUUACCCGACACUGGCAAAUCCUACCCUGAACGAUCUCGGCCUUCUUUGAUAGACCCAGCCUCUGAUAUUGUCAAGGAUAUUUUAGAAAUUGACAGAAUCAUGGUCUGGUUGCCCCCGUUAGGCGGCGACCCGCCACAGGAGUUGUCCCCUGAGGCACGAGUCGACCCUAUCCAGCGCAUGCGCGAGUCAACUGUGGCCUCCGGCCAAUCUUCUAUGGCCGCAUCCUCUCCAAGAAUACGAUUUGCGGACAGGAAUCGCCGGGAUUCCGCAUCAUCAAGUUCAAUCAUGUUUGGCCAACAGACUGGUAGUGUUAACAUCGACGAUGAGAGUGAUAUCUUGAAGAACAUCAAAAAAGAAUCAGCCGUCGAAAUCAGUGUAUCUUCCCUCCAGGUCAACUUUGAUAUUGCUUGUGGGUGGCUCUUGGUGAAAAUCGGCCAAAAUUUUACUCAAUCAUUUAACUCUACUCCUGCUGCCGACAACGCAGCAGAGCUCCCUGUUGAUGAAGGCCAAGCAGUGCCUAUUCUUUUUGAUGUCUCAAGUUGUUCCUUGAAACUACUAGAGCACCUCCCUGGUUGCUCAUAUUUGCCGUGGGUGGCAACUUCGGCGUCUAAUUCCCUAACCGACACUGAGGAUGCGCUGCUCCAGAUUAUUGUAGCAGGCAUUGGUUUCCAAUCGCUAACUGGAGCUCGCACUAUGAAAACACGCAUUACAAUUAAUAAAUUCAAGGUCAGCCACUUAUCAGAGGAUCUCCUUUCUUUUGACGAGGGAUUGAAAAUGCGGGAGUCCACGAGGGACAUCCUGUCGAGCUCUAGCGAUAUCACCAUUAGUGCUGUCAAAAACUCCCAAGGCUCCCGGCUUACUAUCAAUACCCUUCCUCUACAUCUAGCACUCAACCUUCAGAGGCUGGAUGAAACGCUCACUUGGCUUGGAGGCCUAAGUACCAUUAUUGAACUCGGCAAUUCCAUUGCUUCGGGUACAACAGUGACGGGUGAAUCGCAAGAAACUGGCCGUAGGCCGCGGGCAGUACGUUUUGAGCAGACAUCGAGUACCCCUAAAGAGCCACCCUCUACUGCUGACUCGGCUGCUUGGAAGCUGGACUCACGAAUCGGCGGGGUUGUUGUCCAUGUACUGGGAGAGCAAUGCAGUGCGAAGUUGGAAACCUCCGCGGUGAAAUUAGUCAAAAGAUCAGAAGGUAUUGCAGUUCAAGUCGACAGAGUUCGAGUCACUGGCCCCCAUUUUUAUUAUCAUAACGCUGAAAUUCGGAAUGGGUCCCCUGCCCUUGUGGCAUUGGAUAACGUCCGGUUCGAGUUUUUGUUUACUCCAAAAGAAUUUGACUUGGAUCGACUGUUGACUCUUCUAACACCAUCCAAAAAUAAGUACGAUGAAGAGGAUGAUAUCAUGAUCGAUACACUGCUUCGACAGCGCAGGCAAGGUUCCGUUCUUCGUUUGACUGUUGGGGGGUUGACUGCCAAUGUGUUCUCCCUUUCUGCCCUACAACCGCUAUCACUUCUUGCUGAGGAAGCAUCAAAACUUGCUAGAGUUGCAAAAUACCUCCCCGAGGAUGAUAGACCAGGGAUGCUGGCCUUAGCAUUGGUCAGAGAACUCGAGGUUAAUGUCACUGUGGGUGGUAAGAUUGGUAAACUCCGGCUUCAGUCAAACAACGCUGAAGUUGGGUAUGUUAGUUUUCCGUCCCUCAUUGCCUCUAGAGUUUCAACUGUUACCAUUUUACGAAAUGAAAAGGAGGAGCUUCUUGGGCCAGCUGUUCUCCGUAGGCCUGGGGAAAAGAAAUCCGAGAACGAGCUGCCCAUGUUUAUGGUGAGGUAUAUAGCAGAAGAGCUGGAACCUGCUAUUAAACUGAAGCUUUUUAACACGCGCGUUGAAUACAUAGCUGAGUCUAUUGUGUCCCUCAUGGAUCUGCAAGAGGAUGAGGCAACCACGGAAGGCAUAGCAGCCAAUAUGGCGCAGUCAGUACUCAACUUUGCUGAGCUACCGGACCAUCCUGCAGCUGAACUUGAAACUUCAACACAGGGUUCAGCUGCUGCUGACUCUUCCCCUGGUAGUACCUCUCCGCUUCGGCUCUCCGUUACUUUGAAAGACUGCCUUAUAGGCUUGACUCCUCGCAAUUCUCCUGCCAAAGGUUACGUGGUUUUGACAAAUGUCGAAUUCUCUGGAUGCAUGCAGCAAGAACUUCGCUCUGAAGCUACUUUGAAAGUAGCCAAGGCCUCAGUGAUGAUAGUGGAUAAAGUAGAGGCGGAAGAACCAGUUAGAGCUAAUGGCCGACGUAAAAGGUCUGCCAGUUUGAGCCCCCAAGUUCAACGGCUUGAAGAAACAGGCUACGUAUCUGUUUGCGAAACGUCAUCAGCUCAAAUCUACCUAAAAAUCAUGCAGCUGGCGGCAGACGGCCAAAAGUCGCUCGAUGUGGAGUUGAAAAACGACUUACUGAUCCUUGAGACUUGUGCUGAUUCUACCCAAACCUUUAUAUCACUUCUGAGCGGCUUGUCGCCUCCUGUGCCUCCCUGUGAAGCUGCCAAAUAUCGGACAGAGGUUAUGCCAAUCGACAACUUGCUUCAAUCGUUUGCUGCAGAAACAAUCGACACUUAUAACCCAAAUAAAAAGAGCGGCAGUGGAAAUGACGGUCUAGGGGGUUCCGAUGAAGUCUCAGCUGCCGAACUAGGGUACAUCAGUGAUUUCUUCCCCUUCCAUGCUAGUGUUAAAUCGGCUACGUCUAGCGAAGAUGCUACGGGCGAAGAAUAUGAGCUGCUUGCAAAUAGCAUGCACUCGGAAGCGCAUGUCAAUCCAGAACAUACUACUCUCAACUUCGAUGAGGAUCAUUUCUCGAAGAAAUCCGCCGUUGGAGGAACUGCCCAUCGAUGGGAUGCAUCACGGAACACAUAUAAUCUCUCGAAUGAGGUGAAUCUGCAAAAUAGCCCUUUGAGAUUGAGGGUUCGCGAUGUCCAUGUUAUAUGGAAUUUAUAUGAUGGAUACGAUUGGUGGCGAACUAGAGAUACCAUCUCCAAAUCAGUGAAGAACCUGCAAACUCGAGCUGCAGAAAGAAGGGCUAAGGUAGCGAAUAGACGGUUGUCACGAGAGAUAGAGGAAGAAAUGGAGCCAACCAUCGAUGAUUUCUUGUUCAAUUCUGUAUACAUUGAAAUACCCUCAAACAAGGAUCCACGAGAGCUCACCAGCGACAUUAAUCGGAACAUUGACGGCUUGAGUGAGACCGGAAGCUAUGUAACCACUUCAACCAUAUCCGGGGUACCAACACAAGAUGGAGUUUCGAGACGAGAAAAGUUACGCCUAGCUCGAAGCCAACACCACAAGAUGACAAUUGAACUGAAAGGCGUUUCUGCGGACGUGGUUGUUUUCCCAGCGAAUUCCGGAGAAACUCAGAGCUCGAUAGACGUUCGAAUUCAUGAUCUAGAAAUAUUCGAUCAUAUGCCAACUUCUACGUGGAGAAAGUUUGCCACGUACAUGCACGAUAUGGGCGAGAGAGAGAUUGGUACCAGCAUGGUCCACGUUGAAAUACUGAAUGUGAAACCAGUAGCGGAUCUUGCAGCAUCUGAGAUAAUCUUAAAGGCAACGGUACUACCACUGCGCCUUCAUGUUGACCAUGAUGCACUUGACUUUAUGACCCGGUUUUUCGAGUUCAAGGACGAAUCAUCGAGUAAAUCUGAGCCUGUUCCUGGGGAUGUACCAUUUCUACAACGGGUAGAAAUCAAUCCUAUACCGAUACGACUUGAUUUCAAACCCAAGAGACUUGACUAUGCUGCUCUUCGUUCAGGUAGAACCACCGAGUUGAUGAAUAUUUUCGUCCUUGAUGAAGCAGAUAUGGUCCUUCGUCAUGUCAUAAUUUACGGUAUUACCGGCUUUGAAAGGCUUGGAAAGAUGCUGAAUGAUAUUUGGACACCUGAUGUACGCGGCAAUCAACUAGGAGGUGUUCUCUCUGGACUGGCACCUGUCAAAUCUCUGGUGACUCUCGGUAGUGGUGUCAGGGACCUUGUUGUCAUUCCUAUUCGGGAGUACAAGAAAGACGGCCGAAUUGUCCGAGGCCUUCAGAAGGGCGCUGCAGCCUUUGCCAAAACCACGACAAGUGAACUUAUCAAAAUCGGGGCCAAACUUGCAAUUGGGACACAAAAUGUACUUCAAGGAGCAGAGGGCUAUCUCAACGGUCCUGCUUCCAGACCUGCAAAUCGAGCUGCUCAAUCCUCUGGUGAGGGCCCUGAUGACGACGAGCCAAUUGACGUGGGAGCAAAGCAGCAAAUAUCACUGUAUGCAGAUCAGCCUGUAGGUGUUGUUCAAGGGCUACGCGGUGCAUACGCAGGGCUGGGGCGAGACCUGAGUGUUGCACGAGAUGCAAUUAUUGCUGUGCCAGGGGAAAUUAUGGAGACUGAGAAUGUUACUGAAGCAGCCCGGGCAGCCUUGAGGAGUGCACCGACCAUAAUACUCGGACCCGCCAUCAGUGCUGCCGGUGCAGUUGGAAAGACACUUUUGGGUGCGAGAAAUACAUUGGAUCCGGAGAAUAAGAGACGAGCAGACGAGAAAUAUCGAUCUCUCUGA